AUGCCCACGCCACUUCCGUCUAGUUUUGCCUCGGCCGCCGCUGGCAACACCCACGACUCCUCGAACAGGAGAGGGGAUGGCUCUGCCGGUGGAGAAUGGUCUCGAACUCGCAUGAAUGGAGCAACACAGACUUUCCGCCGUCCGUCCGUUGCGACAAACCCUUCUCAUAACCGGGAUGCCAGCCAACCCACGUCGGCUACCACUCCCACCGUGGGCACCUACACUCCUCCGCAUAUGUCCUCGACCUACCAGUCCAGCGCACUCCGCAACGGAGCAGCUACCGACACGCGUUAUUCAAAGGAUCAGCUACUUAGUCUCUACAAAACCCAACGAGAGUCGGGCGUACUGGGGAAGAAUGUUGCAGAUUACUUCGUAGCUGACUGGAAUCCCCACGAGACGUCACCUGUCAACGGCGCUUGGGGGAAACGGGAAGAUUCGAAGGAUAACCCCUCCGGCCCAGAAGUGUGCUGGGAUCAUGGGGGCCAGGUCGAGCCGUUGGGCCUGGUAGAUAUGACGGACGAUGAGAAAGAGUUAUUUACUCUCUCCGUCAACUCCCCCCUUAAGCCGCCACCGACGAACGCUUCGAAGGAGAACGCUGGCGCCGGUACUGGUGGACGCAAGCUGUCUAUCUCCCAAGGCCAUAUGAAUAAUUACAACACCGCAUCCCCCAGUGCUGGGCGCCCCGGCCCCAGACGCCGGGAGACGGGCGACUCAACCGGGAAUCCCAUGUCUCCCACCACCAGCGGCUCUCGCUUUUUCCGUGACGAACCGAACACCUCCACCCCGCCCCCCUCCCUUUUGCGCCGCAAGACCGAUUUCCGAGAUACCUCUUCCGCCGCCCGAUGGGAGGAGAAGGAGAAGGAAAACGUCGCCCGAGACGCAAACGCCGAGACUGCCUCUCCAUUCGGUUCUCUGAAGCGGAGUUCGACCAAUCCUUUGAGCGCGGCACCGGGCGCUUCGAAUUCACCUUGGGGAUCUGCGUCGCAAAGUGCCAACUUUUCACCCAUGGGAGCGUUUGGUGCGUUUUCUCUGGGCACGGCGACUACCCCGACAACCGAAAAGAAGGCUGGGUUUGGUAGUCUCCGCGGAGAGAGCCGUUUGAAGGGGCUGUUUUCGAAGGAUAGCUCUGAGGACAUUUCGGCCUCUAUCAAAGAGAAGUCGUCCCUUAGUAGCUUGGAACGCUUGGGUGAUACGGAGGGUGAGAAGCGUGCUCAGUCGCCUUGGGGGGAACCCGUCAAGACGCGUACUGGCCGCAGCGAGACGAACCCCUUCUCGGAGGAGCCUCGCAGCGGAAGUGCCGCUCUUGGCGGGUCCCAGGAGAUCAACACUCCUUCUCAACCUGCGGACCAGCUGGGAUUCUCGGCUUUCGGCAUGACCUCUAGCAUCCCUGGAUUCCGGGAAUUGAUGCAGAGCCAUGAGAACUCGCGCAACCCUACUCCAAGUCUGUUGCAGGGACAUGAACCCACCAGCCCCACCAAUACGAACCCAUAUCAGAGCCCCCACGGCGACCGAAGUGGUGGUGUUGGUGGUGGUGGCGGCGACGAUGACGUGGAGACGGAUGGUUCCGAUAUCCAGAACUCCACGCAUCCCGGCAUCACUGGCCUUCGUGAUACCUCGUCUGCGUUUGGCUCUAUCCGACGGGUAGGAUCGGGCAUCGACUUGCCUUCAAUCGAUCGCAGCCAAACGUCUAGUGCCGCUGGAAACCGCAGCUUCUCCAGCCUCGGUGGGCUGGGAGGUCUGUCGUCGCUGGGUGGUCCGGCCGGAUGGCCCACCAGCGCUGCCGUGGGUACUCCUACGCGGGAACGCUCGGCCUUCGCUGGUGGCUUCGGCGAUCCUAUCUUCGGCACGAUGGGUGAUUUGCAGUCCCCAAGCCUGUCGACUUUGGGCGGUGGUGGUUUGUUUAGCCCCCAUGCCGGCAUCUCUGGCACGGGCAGUCUGGGCCGCUCCAGCAAGUUAGGUUCUCUGUUCCCGGCCGCGAUGCAGGAGCAAAUGCAAGGUGACCAGGGACGAUCCGAUCUGGCCGCUCUGGAGGAGGCCGCUCGCCAACCCGGUAAGAAUAUCGACAUGUCUGAGUAUGAGCAGGUCCUAAUGCAACAAUUAGACGCCCAGCAGGACAAGCCGGGCCAGACGAGUCAGCCCGCAACCACCUCAGCUUCGCAAACCCCUGUCUCUGCGGUGGGUUCUAUUCCUACGUCGAUGGCGCCCGAUGUACCCCCAACCAGCCAGACGCCUGGUCAGGCUGGAGCUGCUGGCUCUGUGCCUCCUGCCCAACAGCGGACCAUGGUGAUGCCGGAUCGGAUGCGUUGGAUCUACCGCGACCCGCAGGGCAACAUCCAGGGUCCUUGGACUGGACUGGAGAUGCACGACUGGUUCAAGGCAGGCUUCUUUAGUCCUGACCUGCAGAUCAAGAAGCUCGAGGACCCCGAGUUCGAACCCCUUGCACAACUUGUGCGACGCAUCGGCAACUCGCGCGAACCCUUCCUGGUGCCUCAGAUCGGCAUUCCCCACGGUCCCGACCCCAGCCCCGGUCCCUGGACUGGGAACACUACCGGCACGGCUCAGCCUCCGUUCCCCGGCAGUUUCCCCAGCUUUGGUACCACUUUGACCGCGGAGCAGCAGAAUGCGUUGGAACGCCGGAAGCAGGAGGAGCAGUAUUUGAUGGCACGUCAGAAGGAACACCUCGCUCAGCAGCAAGCGCUGAUGAAGCAAAUGCAGUUUCAGGGUGUCCCCCACACGAUGCACCCGCACCAGCUGCAGCAUCACUCCAGUGCCCACAGCCUCCACAGCCAGCCCAGUUUUGGCAGCAUCGCCUCGCCAGUCGGCUUCCAGCCCUCUCCCAUUCAAGCCCCGAUGCAGCAACCCCAGUCUGUCGCAGGCUUCUUCGACGCUGCAGGACCGGUGAGAGCCAACCCGCUGCCUAACAUUGGUCCCCAGAUGCUCGGCACUGAACUGGGCACCCCCCAGGAUCAGCUCCCCGCCCUCCUCGACCGCUUGAACGUGAACCGUCCCGACCCUUUCGCUUUCGGCACCCCCGGCUCUUUCGCGGCUCGUCAGCCUGACAGUCUCUUUCAUCAGCAACAGGUUGCCAGCAUGCUCCAGGACCGUGCUCGCUUGCAACAGGAGCAGGAGCAGUUUGACAGCGCCCAGGGUGAUAACCUCUUCGACCAGCAGGCACGGGAAGAACGCCUCCGCCAAUUCCACGCUUUGAGAGCCCAGGAGGGUGAGCUGGGCCUCCGGACUGCCGAGGGUCUGCCCACGCACCCGGCCACGGUCCCCCAGCCGUCUGAGCAGGAGGAGGUCGAGCCGGUGGCUGAGGCUGAGGAGCCUACACUGACCUUGUCGCAGCAGGUGCAAAAGGCCGCGUCUGCUCAGCGCAAGCAGCAGGAACAGCUGGAGCAACAAGAACAGCUUGAGCGCGAGCAGCAGGAACAGCAGACUUCCGAUGCGGGUGAGGCGGCCUGGACUACCAAGGGAGACAGUGCUAUGCCCCAGCCCUUCCCUCCGCCGCCCUCUGCCUCGCCACUCCCGGCUCCGGCUGCUCAGCGCAACCGUCAGAAUGUUGCUGAGUCUCUGGCUGCCAACUCGCGUUCCCAGACCCAGACUCCCGUGGAGGCGCCGACCACUUCGAUCGCGCCUUGGGCAAAGGAAGCCAAUGAGGUGCCCAAGGGUCCUUCUCUGAAGGAGAUUCAGGAGGCUGAGGCCCGCAGCGCAGCGCAGAAGGAAGAGUUGGCGGCUGCUGCACGCCGUGCCCAGCUGCUGGCCGAGCAGGAGCGUCUCAGCCAAGUCCAGGCCCAGGCCCCUGGCCUCCCGUCGACGGCCAACUGGGCUAGCGCUGGUUCUCCUGCUACACCUACAUCUUCAGGCUCAGUUUGGAACAACAAGGGUCAGGCCGCUCCUUCUGGCGCCGCUAAGAAGACUCUUGCCCAGAUCCAGAAGGAAGAGGAGGCCCGUAAGCAGCGUCUGGCCGCUGCCGCCGCUGCUGCUCAGAGUGCGGCUGCCAGCCCACCGACUGCUCCGUCUUCGACCGGAAAGCGCUAUGCGGAUCUUGCCAGCAAGGCUCCAGCGGCGUCUCCGGUCCCUGCCAGCGCCAGCACUUCGGGUGCCUGGACGACUGUUGGAGCGGGCGGCAAGCCCAAGCCCCCGCCGGCUGCUCCCGCCGGGCCUCGCUCGACCAGCAGCGCAACUCCGGUGGCAGUUUCUCCCGUGAAGCCUAAGCCGGCGACUGUCGCGACUCCCCGGACGGUUGCUGUCGCUACGCCUCCGGCCAACCCUAACCGCGCCGUGGAGGAGUUCACCAAGUGGGCCAAGCUUGCUUUGGGCAAGGGGCUGAACAGCAACAUCAAUGUGGACGAUUUUGUACAGCAGUUGCUAUUCCUGCCUGCGGAGGCGGAGAUCAUCUCGGACUCUGUGUACGCCAACUCGCAGACGCUGGACGGCCGACGGUUCGCCGAGGAGUUCAUCCGGCGGCGUAAGCUGGCCGACAAGGGCAUCGUGGACCCUGUGUCGGCUAGUGCCUUUGCGGAGAAGAACGCGGGCGGAUGGAGCGAAGUGGCCAAGAAGGGAUCUUCGAACGCGAAUCGCGAGGAGGACAAUGGAAACGCAGCGUUCAAGGUGGUUGCGCCCCGCAAGAAGGGCAAGCGGUGA